AGCAGCUACUGAAAUCAUUACGUAGCCUUUUGUGUGUCUUGUGAGCCUGUUGACACCGCCCCUCCGGAGGGUGCAGCGGGACUAUCAGAAGCCAACUGUCGGUUAGGUGUGCUGGCUGUAAACAAAAAUCUCCAACACCACGAUGUACGGAAUAGACUUGUAUCCCAAGCAGCAGCUGUCCGCGCUGUCGCCGUCGUUGCCAACGUUCACCAUGUAGACCGACGCCUACAGUUUACAGUCCGGAGGUAACGUUACGACGGUUCAGUGUUAAUUCUAGCCAGACCUGUCAUUGAUUUGGCCACUGGUAUCACAUGUAUUUAUAUGCUACGGUUGUCAUAAUGGUCGCCGAGUGAAUUGUACAUCAGAGCUAGUUUUUUGAACGGUUGGCAAACCGUAUCAAAUUGGCGGUUUUAGGAACGACCAGCACCAGCUAUAAUAAUUUCAGAGGUACGUGAACAUGACAUCGCCCGCAGAGCACGACCUGAAUCUGUCUGAAGCCGACAGCAGCAAGGAGAAAGUUCAGGUGUUUGGGAUUUUAAGGCUGCAGGAGGAGAAAUCUGGUGUUGGGGAUAAAGCUAACAAUAGCAGCACAAUGAAAGGAGGAGCCGGUGGUAGUGGUGGUGGUGGAGACGGGCGAUGGCAGGCUCCUAUCUUCGCGCUGGCCAGGAAAGCAUCCGAGACCAUUUCAGGAAGCAUUCACGUCCUGCCCAAAGUGUCGGAGCACAGGACGUCUCUGCCCGGGGACUGGACAGUGCAAGCUGUGCGAGACCCCAUGGCCAUGGAGCGAGCCAACCUGCUGAACAUGGCCAAGCUGAGUAUUAAAGGGCUGAUCGAGUCGGCUCUGAGCUUCGGACGAACUCUGGACUCUGACUACCCACCCCUUCAGCAGUUCUUCGUUGUCAUGGAGCACUGCCUUAAACAUGGCCUCAGAAUGAAGAAGUCUUUUCUGGGCUUUAACAAGUCUCUGUGGGGUCCUCUGGAGCUGGUGGAGAAACUCUGUCCUGAAGCAGCCGAGAUCUCCGCCUCUGUACGAGACCUGCCUGGACUUAAGACUCCAUUAGGCAGGGCCAGAGCUUGGUUGCGUCUGGCUCUCAUGCAAAAACGGCUGGCCGACUACCUAAGACUCCUCAUCACCAGAAAAGACCUGCUCAGUGAUUUCUAUGAGAAUUCAGCCCUGAUGCUGGAGGAGGAGGGAGCCGUGAUAGUGGGCCUGCUGGUGGGCCUGAAUGUCAUCGAUGCUAACCUGUGUGUCAAAGGGGAGGACCUGGACUCUCAGGUUGGGGUGAUCGACUUCUCCAUGUACUUGAAGAAUGACAUUGAUGAUUACAGGAGUGAAGAAAGGAAUAGUCAGAUAGCAUCCAUCUUGGAUCAGAAGAACUACGUUGAGGAACUGAACCGACAACUCAACUCCACAGUUCAUGGUCUUCAGGGCAGAGUGGACUCUCUAGAAAAGUCCAACUCUAAACUCAUAGAGGAGUUAGCCAUAGCCAAGAACAACAUCAUCAAACUGCAGGAAGAAAAUCAGCAGCUGAGGAGUGAAAACAGCGUUAUUCUGAUGAAGACACAACAACAUUUAGAGGUAACCCAAGGUGAUGCGUCAGUGGAGAGAGAUACAUACAAACAGUCACGUCAGGGUUUGGAUGAGAUGUACAGCGAGGCCCAAAGGCAACUGAAGGAAGAGUGUCAGCUAAGACAGGAUGUGGAAACUGAGCUGUUAGUCCAGGUGUCGAUGAAACAGGAAAUGGAGAUGGCAAUGAAACUUCUGGAAAAAGAUAUUCAUGAAAAACAGGAUACACUGAUCGGACUAAGACAUCAACUGGAUGAAGUCAAAGUUAUCAAUGUAGAGAUGUACCAGAAGAUGCAGUCGUCUGAUGAGGAGAUGAAGAAGAAGAACGAUGUUAUAACUCGUCUGGAGGAGAAGACCAAUCAGAUCACUGCCACCAUGAAGCAGCUGGAGCAAAGAUUACAGGAGGCAGAGAGACACCGCACCUCAGCCGAAGAGGGAACCAGACGCUUCAAGUUGGACUUUGCCAACAAGGCCGACAGCCUACAGCGGCAGAUCGAACACAGAGAAAAGCAACUCCAGCAGCUGGAGAUGGACCUGAAGAUAGAGAGGGAGUGGAGGCAGACGUUACAAAAUGAUCUAGACAGAGAGAGAGAUACGGUGGCUCAUCUCAGCACAGAGGCACUGCAGAUCAAUGGACUAAAGAAGGAGUUCCAUCGUCUCCAGGAUGAAAACAUUCAGCUGAAGACAAUCUGUGAAGACCAAGAACAAGCUCUUGAGGAACUAGGCUCCAAACUGAGCGAAUCCAAACUCAAGAUUGAAGACAUCAAAGAAGCCAACAAAGCUCUUCAGGGGGGUCAGGUUUGGUUAAAGGACAAAGAAGCCAGCCACUGCAAGCUGUGUGAGAAAGAGUUUUCCAUCUCAAGACGAAAGCACCACUGUAGGAACUGUGGGGAGAUUUUCUGUAACAGCUGCUCUGACAAUGAGCUCCCUCUGCCCGCCUCACCAAAACCAGUCCGAGUCUGUGACACCUGCCACGCCCUCCUCCUCCAGCGAUGCUCCUUCAAUCCAACGUGAACGGGCCACUGCUGUCUUGACUGCUUCAAACAAUCAGAGAUCCGAAUCAGCAGCCUCCGGUCCUCUGUAAGAACCAUCCCCCAACUUCUCUUGACACACAGGUGGCUGUUAGAAAUGGACUGUGUGCAAAAACAUUUAGAACAUUUCAUUUGCCUUCGUUUACAGGUUGAAAUGGUCCCUCAUAGAUAAAAUGAGGGGAAUCUGCAUCAUUGUAACCCGUCUUUGUUUGACAUCACUACUUUCUUUGCAGAUGAGUUGUAGUAUACAUUAAAACCUCAUGUGAUCAGGAGGUAAUUGCCCCCUUUAACAUAGGUUGACAUCAAAAUCAAAGGAGUGAGAAUCUUUGGUCCGCUUUAAUAUCAAACAAUCACGAUCUAUCCUAAAUAUAGAUCAGUUAUACAGAUUAAAUAAUUCACAGUACAUUUAGAUAUUGUAUUUUGACAGUCAUGUAGGAGGACAGAGCUCUGCUAUGAAAGGAGGAACCACUUUACCACAAACUGAAAGUGAAACUGCACUGACUGUGAUGAGCACUGCUGCAGCUAAAUGCAGAUCCUUACCUUCAGUCUUAUGUAGUAAUGCAUCAUUAUGAUGUAUGUAUCAAGCAUCAAACUGUAUACAUUAGGUGUAUAGCCAAACAGAUGAUUAUAUAAUUUAUUCACACAGUAUUGUGGCCCUGUAAGUCAGAGUGCAAAGCACCCUCUUUUGAGGUGGAGUGACAUUAACACAAACAUAAAGGCAACAUUUACACAGGCACAAAAGACUAGGUCAGCGUGACGGUGUAACUUUACUUGAUACCAAACUGUAAUAUAAACUGGAUACAUUUCUGUUUAGUGUGCUGUGAGAAGAUCAGAAAUGUUUUAGUUGCAGUUCUUACAAAGGAGCAACAUGGGAAUAUAUUUUGACCUUUCUACAAACUAGACUUGUUCCUCACGGGGCUGUGGCUUCCAAAGGAACUGAAAGCUGUUUUUUUUUUUUUUUACAAUGUUGGCCCUGUUUGUGCCUUUGCAAAUGCAGUGAAUAUUACUUAUUUAUGCUUCUCAUGUUGCCAAAUGAGCCCUAUAUUUCUAGAGAGGGUUUCUGUAGAGAAAAUCUAAAAUAUUUCAAAGUAGCAACACUAGCCGAGCAAGCAGUCUAGAUGAAAGACACAUUCACUGUUUGUUUGAGACACUAAUGCUGCGGAUGCUGCUUUAAGGACCAAGAAGAGCAACAGAUCUCUGGCGACAGAUUGAAAUCAGACCAGCUGGAUCUUUAGUUGACGAACCACUGACAGCUAGCUUACAACCUGACCACUUCACGAACAGACUCAAGUGUUACACACUAUUGACUCCAUCGCCACAAAUUAUGUUUCAACACCUGCCAAUCCUAUAUUACGUGUAAUAUAGAUGAAUUUCAGAGUAUUUAUAUUUGAUUUGUUUCUUGCACAUUCAUUUGUAUUUUACCAAAGUCCAGGGAACUAGUUAAAGCCUUUCCCUGUUCACUUGAAGUGAGUUGUAAUCUGUGCAGGUGGAAACGUUGUAGGAGGACCACACUUAUGAGUACUGCUGCUCCAUUCCUCAGAGGGAAUGUUUGAAACUCUAAACCCUUUUUGUAUUUGUGGUAAACUAAUGCCGAGGACUGUAAAGUAGUCUUUAGACAAGGGUUCCACUGCACAUUGUGGUUUUGUACCUAAACACGUUUACAACCUGUGAUUUUUUUUAAGAACUGGUAUUAGUAUUCAUUCCCAUGAAGAGAUAAAACAGGCCUGGGUUCAUUUCAUUAAGUGUUUUUAAUGGUUUCA